AACAGGAGUUCUUCAAGUAUUAAAACUGGAGCGGCUUCUCCCUCUUCGCGGGGAGUUGGAUUAAGUUUCUUCAUGCAACUGUUUUGGAAAGAAACGAAGACCACCUCAACGGGAAACAAGGAGAUUAACGGUGACACCGUGCGCUCCCGGGAUACCGCCUUCUCUUUCGGUCCCCCCGGGGAGAUGUACCAAGGGUUUCCCGGCGACCCCGACAGCGGAUCCCGUGGAAGCUCGUCUCCGUCCAUAGAGUCCCAGUACCUGUCCUCCGUGGACUCCUUCGGGAGCCCGCCCACCACCAGUGCUCCGCAGGAGUGUGCGUCAGCAGGCGCUGGCUUGAGCAUUGUGGGCAGCAGGCCAGGGAGCGGUGUCGGAGGUGAGAUGCCCAGUUCAUUUGUGCCCACCGUCACCGCCAUAACUACCAGUCAGGACCUGCAGUGGAUGGUGCAGCCGACCCUCAUCUCCUCCCAGGCCUCUGGGCAGAGUAGCUCCACCGGCACCACGACCAUGACCCAGCCGGUGUCGCUGGUGGACCCGUACGACAUGCCCGGCCCCAGCUACUCCUCGGGGUCCUGUUUCACCCCUCCCAGUUCAGAAACUCCAGUGCCAGCGCCGGGCCCCACCCGGCAGUCCAGGCCCCGCAGCCGCCGCGCACGAGACGAGUCUGUGAGUGAAGAUGGAGAUGUUGGUGUGUUAUUAACACCUGAGGAGGAGGAAAAGAGGCGCGUCCGCCGCGAGAGAAACAAGCUGGCUGCGGCCAAAUGCAGAAACCGCAGACGGGAACUGACAGACAGACUGCAGUCGGAGACUGACAUACUUGAGGAGGAGAAGGCGGAGCUGGAGGCCGAGAUCUCAGAGCUGCAGAAGGAGAAAGAGCGCCUAGAGUUUGUACUGGUGGCCCACCAGCCGAAUUGCAAGAUCCCAUACCACGAGCAGGCUCAACAGGCCUCAGCGACGCUCCCUCAAGUCCAGUCCCAGCUCACUCCUCACAGCUCACAGAGCCUGCCACCUCCUGUCUCCAUUGUGGGCUUGACUAUGAAGGAGGACUCUUUCUAUCUCCCUCCUGCCUACACGGCCCACCCGACCCCCACACAGCCCCAGCCUCCAGUGCAGCAGCAGCAGCAGCAGCAAGUCCAGCAGCAGCAGCACCCCCAAGCAGGGAUGAUGCAGGAGGUAGAGUUUUCUAGUUCUUUCUACGGCUCAGCUGAGCCAGCGCCUGGUGGGCCAUGCCUCAUGGCCAGUGACAGUGGUGGUGGUGGUGUUAACCAUGACGAUGCGGCCAUUGGCAGUUACAACACCUCAUACACAUCUUCAUUUGUGUUCACCUACCCAGAGGGAGCCUGCGGGGUCAGUGCCAACCAGCGGAACAGCAGUAGCGAGCAGUCAUCUGAUUCCCUGAACUCGCCUUCACUGCUGGCGCUCUGACUGACCGACAGACACAUGCAUGCACAGAUUACCACUAACACGCCCCGAGCUCACUGGAUGCAGAGGCUGACGCGAGUACACGCACAGUGCCAACCAGUCUCGCACAUUGAGGAAAAACAAUGCGCCAAUCAUUUGAACCUGAUUGGGUGACAAUUUACACCUCUCAAGCCUUUCAAGAGCCAUAGAGAGAAAAAAAAAAUGUACAUGAGAUUGAACCUUUAACAUUGAGCUACAAAUAUUUUUAACAGGGCACGACUAGCAAUUUAAACAAGUGCAUUACAAAAGCCUGCAGAGCCUUGGAAGAGUGUUCAAACCCCUUUAACUUUUCUACAUUUUGUCACAUUGAGCCACAAGCGUUAAUAUGUUUUAAUGGGAUUAUAUGUGACGGAAAGAAAAGAAAGUAGACGUCAAUAGCUCAGUGAAAGGAAUCAGAUUUGUGGUUUUCGACAUUUCUUACAAAUACAACUCUAAGAAAUUACA